AUGGUACUCUUAGCAGGUGUUGCAGCUCUUCUCUUUGCUGCGCCGUCAAUCGCGACGGGGGCAGCAAAGAGCCUCUUCGGUGGAGAGAAAGUCGCCUGCUCGAAGUUGAAGUCUCGAUACCCUGACAGUACCUUCUUACCUGGAACUCCAGGUUACGCAUAUGAGACUCAAGAACCUUAUUGGUCAGCCACGGUCUACAGCAGUCCUGCGUGCGUCUUCGUUCCUCAGAAUGCCCAGCAAGUUUCGUAUGCGGUCACUACGAUGACCCUUACGCUCUCGAAAUUCGCUAUGCGGGGAGGAGGGCAUAUGCCAAUACCCGGCUACAACGGAAUCGAUAGCUCCGGUGUGUUGAUGUCUUCAUCCAACCUGACUACCUUGUCGCUUUCGUCGGAUAAGUCUAUCGUCUCCGUUGGCCCUGGCAAUAGGUGGAGAGAUGUCUAUGCUUAUCUCAAGCCAUCUGGAUUGGCAGCUGUUGGAGGCCGUGUGGGCCACGUGGGCGUUCCUGGUCUGUUACUCGGUGGAGGAAUUUCCUUCUACUCUUCGGAGUAUGGGUUUGCUUCGGACAACGUUCAGAAGUAUCAGUGCGUUUUGUCCAGCGGACUUAUUGUUGAAGCGACAGCAACAAACAAGUAUUCCGAUCUCUUCUGGGCAUUGAGGGGUGGUGGAAACUCCUUCUGCAUUGUCACACGAUUUGACUUGCGACCAGUAGAGGGCAGCGACGUACACGUCGGCAUCGGACAAUUCGAUCAGUCUCAAGCAGUUGGCUACCUGGACGGCGUUUAUAACUUUGGGAAAUACGGUGGUAUCGACCCAAAAGCUGCCAUCAUACCGACAAUCCUCACGUUCCCCGCAGCGAACUUGACAGUUUAUGCGGCUGCGAAGUUCUACCACUCCCUCACUGACAACCCAGAGGUGUUUGAGAACUUCACCGCUCCAAAGCUUACCCCUGUCGCCGAUUCGUACGCACUGCAACCACUUUCAGACUAUAUCUCAGCUACAGAUGCUCUGCAGCCACUAGGACUACGCCAGGAAUUCCGAACACUGUCUUCUCUCGUUGAUCGUGAUGCUGUUCAGCUCAUUCACGACACCUUCAUCUCAGGCGUAAAUGCCAAGCUGGCUAGUGUUGCCAACCUUCAGGCUUCAAUCACUUUCCAGCCUGUUACUAAGGCGUUCCUCUCGCACAGCGCUAAGACUGGAGGAAAUCCUCAAGGUGUGGACAUCUCGAAGGCACCUUUCUUCUGGAUGGUGGAGAACUUCACCUGGUCUUCAGCAAGCGAUGACACCACGGUGCGCGCUGCUGCUGAUGAGAUUACGGAAAACAUCAACGGCUUGCUUCGCGCCAAAUCAUGGAACGCCCAGUAUCUCUAUAUGAACGAUGCAGGAAAGGGCCAGCCGAUCUUCCAGAGCUAUCCGGCUGCCAAUCUGAGAAGGCUGAAGACCAUCCGUACCAAGUACGAUCCUCUUCGAGUCUAUACUAACCUGAUGCCUGGUGGCUGGAAAGUUGCCGAUGCAUGA